AUGAUUGACUGGCUCCCUGACAAUUGGCCUACUAGUCUCUUUAUCCGCCCCUUCUUGGAUUGUGUAUAUGAGCUUCUUACAAACCUUGAUGUGACGGAUCCCAACGGUGAGAAUAUCUCCUUGCCCCAUCCAGCCAACCCCUUCAAGUUCAGACCAGAUCCCCAAGACGAACCCGAUCCUGUCAGUGAAAUGCAUCAUGGCACCUGGUGGCGUGACACCAUGGAAAUGAAGUGUGAUGAGGGCAAAAGGGAAAUGCUGGUGCCCAUCAUACUGUAUGGGGAUGAAAUCACCACGGACAAGCAAGGAAAGCUAACAGCCUGUCCCUUCAACUUGACACUUGGAAUAUUGGACACUGACACCCAAAAUAAAGAGCAAGCCCAUACCACAUUCUUCUACUACCCCGAUCCUACUGUGGAGCUUGCUCAUCAUAAGAAAAAAGCAACCGCACAUGACAAAAUGGUAAACCUUCAGAACAGCCUUGCAGUGGCACUGGCCGACAUCACUAAAUGGACCUACAAUGGAGAAGAAUUCCAGGUCAACAUGAAAUUCUCCGUUGCCUUCCUCAUUGGUGAUACUGCCAUGCAUGACAAGCUUUGUGGUAAGACAGGUGGUAGCCAAACCCAUGGCAUGAAGUCUCAUUGUCGGCAUUGCAAUUGUGCAACCAAGGAUCUUGUAAGCCCCAAGGAGAAGCAUACUUGGAUCCUGUUUGAUCCCAGCAAGGUAGAUCCCACAUUGGAUGGACACACUGCUGAAUACUUUAGCAGUAUAAGCCACAGCAUUGUGAACAACGCCUUUGAUCCCAUCUGCUUUGGUGUGAAUUUCCGCAAAAUUCAUUGGGGAACUCCAGCAGAAACACUGCACAUGCAUCAAAAAGGGGGGAUGGUGCGGGUUGUAGAAUCGCUUGAAGGCCUCAUAGGCCAAGCUGGUAACAAACCCAAUGCUGGAGAAGAAGAGCAGGGUGCUGACACAGAUGAUGCUGAUCCCUCUCUUGCAGCUAAGGCCGAAUUUAAAAGGUGGGUGAAGAAAACCUUGGAAAGUCUGGACAUCAUUGGCCAUCAAUAUGGGGCCUGUCUUGGAAGGCAAUCGGAUCGCAAGAAGCCCAGGACCAAAUUCAAUAACUCAUUGUUUGACAAGACCAAGAAAUGUGGACACGAGCAGGCUGGUGUUUGUUUGUGCUUGUACCUUGCUAUGAUAUCUGACCGGGGCCGAUUUAUCAUGCUCCUGGAGCGUACCAUGUAUCCCACUUUUUACAAGGAUCAGGUGGGUGCCUUUGAGUUAGUCUUGACAAUGGAGCAAUGGCUGAAGAAGAAAAAGUACCCGGCAAGGCAUGCCCUUAACCCAGAAGGACUGGGGAAGGUCUUUGACUAUUACACUGAUUGGAUAAGGGAGACUACCUUUCGAAAAGGCAUGGGGGCUCUCUUGAUCAAGAAUCAUCUGAUGCUUCACGUCCCCCUCUACAUGUUGCACUGGGGGCCUCCUCGUGGAUGGGAUUCUGGUCCCAGUGAACAGGCUCACAAGACUGAGCAGAAGCAACCAGCACAAAGAACCCAAAGACGGCAGCAUUUAUCCGAAGAGUGCUUGUCCUUGGCCUUUACUUCAUUGUCAUUGUCAUUGUCAUUGUCAUUGUCAUUGUCAUUGUCAUCGUCAUCGUCAUCGUCAUCAUCGUCAUUGUCAUUGUCAUUGUCAUUGUCAUUGUCAUUGUCAUUGUCAUUGUCAUCAUCAUCAUCAUCAUCGUCAUCGUCAUCGUCAUCGUCAUCGUCAUCAUCAUCAUCAUCAUCAUCAUCAUCAUCAUCAUCAUCAUCAUCAUCAUCAUCAUCAUCAUCAUCAUCAUCAUCAUCAUCAUCAUCAUCAUCAUCAUCAUCAUCAUCAUCAUCAUCAUCAUCAUCAUCAUCAUCAUCAACAAUUGGAAAUAGCCCGUUUGUGGUUUGGGUCCUGUUCAAGGAAGUUUAA